AUAGUAUUUUAUUUUAAGCAUUUGCAAAAAAAAUACCGGUGCAUUAUUACGAAGUUUUAUCUAAAUGUAUUAUUUAACUGUUAUUAUUAUUAUUAUCUCCCACCAACAUUUUUUAAUAGUUUAUUCAUCAACAUAAUAUCAAUAAAGUAGCCAUCAAACAGUUAUAAUAUUCCUUUUGAUAUGAUCACCACGCAGUAAACUACAAUGACACACGUAGUAACAGUGAUUAUAAACACCUAAUUAAAUACUACUAACUAUGAAUAAAUAUUAUAGAUCAUUAGUUUUUUGAUAUUCCACCAACUAUUUUUACAAACAUCACUAAAUCAGUAAAAAAUUACCAUAUUUAAUCCACAAAUAUCAGAGAAUACUCUUAUGUUAAAUGAUUUUAUGAUCAUGACGUCUCUUGGAAGUUUGAUGUAUUUAAUAUUUCAAACAUUAACAGUUAAAUCUUUUUUUAAGCUAGCAUUGACUUCUCAUGAAUUGAAUUCAUCUUAUCGUCUUGAAAGUACUGAUGAUUUACUAUACAAAUCAAAUUGGCCAUUUCUAAAAGUUCGUCCUCCUCAUAGAAUACAGUCUCCAGUCAACAUUAUCACAAGUAACGCAACUCAAGUGAUGUUACCACCUUUUCAACAUGUUGGAUACUGGGGUGAUGAUGAAAUUUUAGUCAAUGUGACAAAUAAUGGACACACUGUGUAUGUUUCAUUGACUAACGACGAACAAAAUAUACCAAUUGGCGUGACCGGAGGCCCAUUGUUUGAUGAUCUUUAUAUGUUCGAUCAAUUACAUCUUCACUGGGGUGAACAUGAUGAAGGAAGCGAACAUAAAUUUAACGGACAAAGUUACGCUAUGGAAAUUCACUUGGUACAUCAUAAAAUUGACUACGGAACUUUUAAUGAAGCUUUAAAAUAUUACGAUGGUCUUUGUGUUGUUAGCUAUUUUGGAGAGAUAUCAGAAGAAGACGACGAAGAAAUGACAAAUUUUAUCAACGAUCUUCAAUCUCUUAUUGAGCCCGGCUCUAGCGUAAUAAGAUUAAUAGGAGAAGAAUUCUUUUGGUUAAAAAAGACAGCUGAUCAGAUCGACUAUUUUGCAUAUCCUGGUUCAUUAACUACGGAGCCUUACGCUGAAAGUGUCACGUGGAUUGCAUUCACAAUACCAUUUAAAAUAUCGAGAAAACAAUUGGCCAAAUUCCGAAAUUUGCGUUCUCAUGAUAGUGGUGUAUUAAUAAAUAAAAAUGAUAGAGAAUUACAAGAAUUUAAUAAUCGGCCUAUUGUUUAUGUUUGAAUUGAAGUAUUAUUAUAUAAUUAAAAUAUUAUUAUGUUUAUAAAGAUAAUUAAUUUAAUGAAAAUUAUGUAAAUGCAGAGUAUAUAUUCAAUUUACAAUGUAAUAAAAUGUUAAAAAUAGACAUAUUGUGUAACUACAAAUUGGAGGGUUGAAGUUUGUUAAAUUCCAUUGCAAUUUGUACAGUUUAAACCAAGUAUUUUUA